AUGGCAGAAUCCAAGUAUGCACAAGUAAAUCCAGCGGUGGCACCAUCCCCGACAUUAGCUUCAUCGUUUCCAACUCCUGUGACCCCACUCCCUCCUCCAGAGUCUUCCUCGAUCGAGACCCAACGAGCUCAAGCCGCCGAAGCAGCAGCAGGCGCUGGCAUCUCAAUAGACCCAGACAUGAUUUUGUUGGAAGACGACUGGUUGAUUGCCGUGCAGAAACCGCCAGGAGUGUACAGUGAACACAUCCUAUCAGCCGUGGGUGCCAUGCUGACCACGCGAGACCGAGCGACACACGCGAAACGGCCAAGUGCGGAAAGCGCGGAGGAGUCGCACAUGCCAUCAAGUGUACCUGUGAUUAGAAAACUUCCAGAGCAGAGCACACGUGCUGUGGAUGGGAAGAUGACAUUGGGUGCGGAGAACUUAGCAGCAGGAAUGCAGGGUUUGAGUUCCACCAGCAGUACGCCAGCUGCAGCUGGCAGUCACACGGCGUUGUCACCUACAGGGUUACCCGCUUCCACCCCGUUUCUGGUGCACCGAUUGGAUCGCGAUACCAGUGGCGUGCUGCUGCUGGCGAAGACCGCAAAGUCAGCUGCCAAGCUAGGGAAGGCGUUUGAGAGGAGGGACGUCAGCAAGUCGUACUUGGCUCUCUGUGCUCUGUCCGACGCUUCUGCUGUUGCACCCAGUGGGGAUACUCGCUACGAGUGUGCAGAAGCUUUAGGGAAGCCGAUACGGAAGGAGCGGGAGGGGAAGAAGGAGUACCUGCUGUUUAAAGCGCUAAAGUGGCAAGGCAACAUAUACAAGCUCGGAGACGCUGUCUUGGAGCUCGCGGACCGUCGGCUCCUCUUCUACUCCUUUCACACGGAUCCGUUUGACGCUGAAGCGAUUGCUGGUAAAUGCACCAUUCAUAUGCUUCCACGAGCCAAGGGCUUUCUCAAAGAGGAAGAAGCUGGAGGAUUUGUGGUUCACUUUAUCUACCGCCAUAUGGAUGGACGGAUCGUGGCCGUUGAUGACCGGAGUAGGAUGGAACGGGGAGAAUGGAAGGAGGUUGAAGCGACACUGCAGGAAACCAGAAUCAGGCUGAAGAAGAUGCUGAAAGACAAGUCCGUCAAGUUGACGGAUUCGGGACGGACAAAGGUGAAGGAUGGUUUCGGCGUAGGUUUCAAGCGUUUGAGGAAGAUGAAGCAGCGAGUGGUAAGUGAUGAUGAGGAGGGGCAACAGGAGGUGCAGGAGAGUGAAGAGGAUAUUGGUGGUGGGGAGUUGGACGAAGACAACAGCAGGCUACGGAACACACAUGGUGUUUACCCAGGAGACUACCUGUGGAACCGACGGAGCAGAGAUGAAGGGCUGGAUGAAGGAGGUGGUGCGGAUGCGACAACCACGAAGCAGCAUAAUAUGGAGUCGGUAGAGGACGUGCGUGUAGAGGCAGCGGAAAGGGGAGCAGUGAAGAGAUUGGCGUCGUUUGGGAGAGGUGGUGAGGGGAGGGGAGGGAAGGAAGACGGGAGGAAUGGUGCUGUUGCCCUUGGUCGCCCUCCUUUUGCCGAAAGAGUGGAGAAUGUCGGGAAGAAGGCGUGUGACAUGCAGGGGAAAAAGACUGGCGGGAGGGAAAGUGAAAGAAGGGGAGAGAAGGGUAGAGAGAAGGAUAGAGAAAAGGGUGGAGAGAAGCUACGCGAGGAUACGGAGCGAGAGAAGUCACAGGUGGGAGGGAGGGCUAUUGCUAGAUCUCACAGUGGAAAACGGUGUAUGGCGACAAGCAGUGCACCGCGUAGCACUGCUGCUGCUUCUGCUGCGGUUGGCACUGCUGAUGAUACCUCCCGUUCGUCUGGUGCCGGCUCCGGUCCAUCCGUUGCUGGGAACAAUAGCUUCAAGGCCUCUGUCCCUUCUUCCAUUCCUGCAAACGCCUCUUCCACUGCUGUCGCUGUUGGCGGAUCCUCUGCUGCUGCUGCAGUUCCCACAGCCAGUUCCUCUGCAGCUGCAAUUCCGACAGUCGAUUCUUCUGCAGCUGCAGCUCCCACGGACAGCCCCUCUGCUGCUGCUGCAUCAGACUCAUUUAUCCACGAGAAGCAGCGCGAGUGGGAGAUGAAGGCGGCGAAAGCGGUGUCUGAUCUGGAGGAGCUCGCGAAUGAGACGCUGGGGGAUGGCGUGGGGUCCAGGCGGGAGAAGGCACUGAUUGCCCCGCCUGUUGCCAGGCCCAGGCGCAGCGAGUGUGUGCAGUGGGUGGGGAUACGGUGCUCCCAAUGCAGCUGGCGAGGGGACCGGCAGGUGAAGAUUCUGGACAUCCUCAACAGCCCCAAGGGGCAGCAGUACAAGUUGGAGUGUGCAACGUGUGGUCACGAGUGGUUCCUCUCUGCUGACGCGGUUCUUGCUGCCUCCUCUCCUGCAAAACCUGCUUCUCGUGUCCCGGCCGCCACUCCUCCUGGUGUAACGCGUGACACUGCAACGGCUGCUGCUGCUGCUGAUGCUGCUGAUGCUGCUGGUGCUGCUGGUGCUGCUGGUGCUGCUGGUGCACCAGCCCGUCGUGGUCCCUCUCGUCCUGGUGUAAAUCGUAACAAUGUCGUGGCUGCUGCUCCUGCUGCUGCUGCUGCUGCUGCUGCUCCGCAUGAUCCCGCAUUUCUUCGUGUGACUCGUAACAAUGUCCCUGCUGCUGCUGCUGCUGCUGCUGCUGCUGCUGCUGCUGCUGCUGCUGCUGCUGCUGCUGCUGCUGCUGGUGUUGCUGCUGCUGGCACUGCUGCAGCACCUCCCGAUGCUCCCUGUCCUCUUCGUGUGACUCGUAACAAUGUACCUGCUGCUGCCGGUGGUGGUGCUGUUGGUGGUGGUGGUGUUGCUGGUGCUACUGCUGCUGUUGGUGGUGGUGCUGCUGCUGCUGUUAGUGGUGGUGGUGCUGCUGGUGGUGUUAGCGGUGGUGCUGCUGCUGAUGCUGUUGGUGGUGGUGCUGCUGCUGAUUCUGUUGGUGGUGGUGGUGGUGGUGGUGCUGCUGCUGCUGCUACUGCUGCUGCUGCUGCUUCUUGUCUUUCUGCUCCCUCGUCUGACACUGCAACUCCCGUGGCUGCUCUUCCUGCUCCUUAUACCUCCUGUCCUCUUGGUUGCCCCCCUAUCUCUCACCAACCAUCCACUGAAUUCACUCUGGCUGCUGCCAGCCCAGGCUUCUCUGCCUAUGGGAGUCCAGGUGCGGUGUAUGCUGGUCACGGGGUGUGGGCAGGUGCUGCUGACUGGGAAGGAGUCAACGCGGGUCAAGGAAAGAGGGUCAACGCUGAUCAAAGGGAGGAGGUCAAAGGGAUCUGUGUUCCACGGCCACGAAGGCGGUUCACCGAUCAACCUCCUGGGCAGCAGCAGGAGCAUUCAGCAGCAGCAGCAGCAGCAGCAGCAGUCUCAUCGCAAAGAGGCGUGGGAGAGCCACAGUUGAAGCCAGCAGUGGGUCGUCACCUAUCAACAAUGGUGAAACGCACUGCACCGCACUUAAAGCCUGCAAACCACAGUGCACCAAUUGUUAAGCCGGUUAUGAGAAUUCCUGGCAGUGAGGGUGUGUGUGCUGCUGGUGGUCAAGCAUGUGUUGACACGGACACCUGGUCGUCACCCCUAGUGGCGUCGGCUUUUCCUGCAACUGUCUCUUCGCCUAUAGCUCCGGCUCCCCGUCCCGUGCGUCCGUCCUCACCAGUGGUGAUCAAUUUGGAUGACAUUGACGACAUUGACAGCUCCCAGGAGUAA